AUGAGCACUCAGCUGAACUCCUCUUUCCUCACACCCAGUCUGGACCGCAAAGGACACAAACUCAACAAACCUGCGGCUGCGCGCCGUGAGGUGCUGUGCAAGAGGCUUCUUUUCUUCCUUGUAUGCAUCAUGGCUCCCCGCGAUGUUGUAGGCACUGUCCCCGUCUCAUCACCAUGGAGGACUCAUAACAACUGGCAAAGUGUCGGCAAUAUGAGAGGAAAUUGGGGAAGUAGUUGGUUGAUUGAUAGAUCUAUCAAAACAGCGGAAACCUACAGUUACGCAUUCGCAGUACUGUCGCUUUUUGGUCUCGUCACAACACUCUUGGCUCAUCAACACAAGCCUCUUCCUGAAUGGCCACAACUGAUCACUAUCAACUCCAUUAUCUCUCUCUUCUCCUUGCUUAUGGGGGCUGGUAUUGGGUUGGUCUUAGCAGGAGGCAUAAGUCAGUCUAAGUGGCAAUGGUUCCGUAAGCUGCGACGUAUAGCCAAUUCCGGACCACACAAAUGCAGUAUUACAUGGCUGUGUCAGUGGGAAUUGCACCUUCCCAUCGGACAAUGGGAUCUCAUCCUCGACUGUAGCUGUAGGCUACACGUGCGAAAACAUGACUACAGAGAUCCGCGAAAGCCAACAACCAAAAAUUCGACGGUGAUUUCGAUUCCCACUUUCAAUGGUAACCAUAUGGAAGCGUGCCCCAAGUGCAACGACUCCAACAUCGUGAUUGCUACGGGUGCUGAGAUUGCUCCCAACAACGGCUCAGAUUCGCUGGUAACCGUCUACGUCCUCUAUCACUUGGGUACAAACAGCAGCAAAUGGCAGGCCGUGAACUGCUCAAUACUGCCUCAAGUCAACACAUAUGCUGUCAAUAUCACUAACUCGGUCAUGAACGAGACUUCGAUUGAGAGCACCCAAAUCCUCACAAGAUGUCAAGUCUUGCGACAGUAUAUGGCAGACUCACACAGAUUGAUCACGGACGCACAUUGCGAAAUGGUGUCUGGGAAGACUGCCGUAAGACCAAUGGUCCAGAUCCGUAUGUUAAGGAGAUCAUCGACAUCGACGAACACAAUGUCACCACGACCAGACACUAUCCCAGUGAUUGCGUUUGAAGUUUCAGUAGAUCGCCUACCGGUGGCAUCUUCACAUACUCCACCGAAUUAUAUGACCAAAGGAAACUGUAGUGGAAUCAAAACGCCACCACCUUCAGGGAUGCGUUCAGCAUCGACAGGACUUAAUUCGGGACACCGCGCGGGAAAGGGCCAGUCUAUCUGCUGCAAUGGUACAACAACGUCGACCAGCGUGAGUCUCGAGGGCAAGAACGGGACAUUGACAUCGCUCGCAAACAUAGACAGUUAUGCAAGACAGCAGACUAAGGCAACGAGGUGUCUACGCAGUUACACUAGCCUUGCAACAUUACGGCUUGUCAAAGGAGGACGCAAUGGUUUGGAGGACGAUAUGAUUCGAUGCAGUCUUAGCCAUACGCCCAUAAAGACAGCGCCUCGCUACACAGCGCUCUCAUACGUCUGGGGCGAUGCUACAAGGGUCUCUGCAAUUGUCUUGGAUGGAAGCACCUUUCAAACGACCGAAAACCUGUACAACGCACUCGUUUAUCUGAGCAAAAGAGACGAAGAUGUAUGGAUUUGGGUCGAUGCAUUGUGUAUCAACCAAGCAGACAUACACGAGCGCAGCCGUCAAGUCGCUCUGAUGCGGACUAUCUUUCGGUGUGCCGCGUAUGUUCUCGUCAGUCUCGGCGAACACGAAGAGGGUUGCGACGCCGUAAUCGACUUUAUCGAAGCCGGUGCCCAAGACGAGACAGUACACUGGGACCCGUCUCACUCUUCGCAUGUCAAAUCUCAUGGGCUAGAUGCAAGCUCUCAGCUCAUGCAAGGAUACCUUGCGAGGUUCUUUUCCGUACCAUGGUGGCACCGUGUAUGGACUGUACAGGAGUACUGUGUCGCACGGAAAGUCUAUUUCCGAUAUGGAGACCGCCUUAUCUCAAACAAAACGGUCAAGAGUUGCUUGGACAACUACUGGGGUCAUCGAGCCGUCUGCUGCCGAGGAUUUGAGGACCUCCAGAAGCCUGCAGAUGGAGCAGUGAGCGUCAUCGAGUGCAUUCAGAGGCUAGACUUGCUCUCGGUCUACCGUCGGACUAGGUAUCCACACCAUCUAAGAGUUAUAUCUGACUUCAGGCACCGAAAAUGCUUCAACCCCUUGGAUAAGAUAUAUGGCAUCCUCGGUCUUCUGGAUAGAAGCGUUCGUGAUCUAGUUCGACCUGACUAUACCUGCUCACCUAGGGAAGUGUACACGGGCUUAGCGCUAGCGAUCGUCGCUUCGAACAAGUCCCUUAACAUGCUAAGCUUCGUAUAUGGAGAGCGGACGCAAGACUUGACCAUUCCAACUUUCGUACCAGACUGGACUACCCACGUGGACUAUCGAUGGCACGGCAUUCUUCGAACCAGAGAGCAAGAGAUCAGACAUUUCGAUGCAAGCGAUGAUAGUCUUGCGAAAUUGUCCAGCGCAGUGCCAGGCGAAGCCACAAGUCCAGGCGUCUAUGUAGACACCGUUGCAAUUGUUGCGGAUCUGGACGACUGGAAGCCGAUGCUUGUUGCUUGUCGCAAACUAGCAGAGGUUGAUAACGACACCAAAAUGAUGUAUGUAGACAAAGCUACAGCAUUUUGGAAUACCCUAUGCGGCGGGCUUAUCUGGGACAGCGACUCACAGGAAGACAACCCUGGGUUUCGGAGUGUGCAAGGAUCCAACUUCCCGCUUUACCAAUCCUGGCAAGACGCCGUCGACACAGAGCCCCCGCAGAGCUCAGGCCAAAACAAGUUGUACGGCUUUCAGCGUGCGGUUGACAUGGCAUCUGCCUUGAGAAAAUUUACAGUCACGGAGAAUGGUUACAUGGGCUGGGCUCCAAAAGAAGUACAGAAGGGUGACAUAGUGGUGCUACUUAGUGGAGGAAAAGUGCCCUACGUGCUACGGGCCGUGGAAAAGCAAACCUCAGCAGCAGCUGGAGUGGACGAUGACAGUGCUAGUGAUAAUCGUAAGCCACAACCUCGACUUUUCACGUUUAUUGGCGAUGCAUACAUUCACGGCGUAAUGCAAGGCGAGCUCUAUGACAGGAACAAGCUUGAGGUCUUUCAUCUGAUCUGA